AUGGAGCAGCAAAAAAGUUUCGAGGAUGCUGCUUUUGAAUUGUUUAGAAACCUUUGUCCCGAGAGGAAUUUCAAACGAGAUGAGAUACCAUAUCAGACAGUUAGAGAAAUGGUCGAAAAGUAUUUCAAUAACAUGGAUCCAGAAAAAAGACAACUUCUGGAGGCUCGUUUAAGAGGUGAAACUGAACAGGGACCAAGUGAAACUAAUUCAAAAGUGGAUAGCCGAGGACCAUCUCCGAGCAAACCAAAAUCGGUAUCGGAAUAUCGGAACCUUCUUGUUGCGGAUAGGCAUCAUUUGCUUCCUAAGUUGGAAGAUUUCAAUGAAGCUCAAAAAAUUCAUCUCAAAUAUCCGAAGAAUGUAAGGAAAUUUGUGCGGGCGCGCACAGAACGUAGGCUAGCUGCAGAAUCGAAUGAUUACGUCAAUAUAGUUUGUGAUGAAAAGAAACUGCCGGAAGUCUUCCUGCCUAUCUACGAUCAGAUUCUGCGGAAGCGAAGAAAUUCGUUGCAGUGUUAUCACAUGAUUAUCAAUACUUUACAUCACUAUUUUAUGCGUAUAACUUGGUCGGAUCUCGUGUGGGAUUUGGUUAACGAGUUUAUUGAAAAACAUAUUAUACUUACUUGUGAUGGUUUAACGACGAAAUAUGAUCGUGAAGAAAGAGCAGUAGAUAUCUUCGAGCGUCUUCGUGAGUAUGAAUUAAUGGUGCUUCUCGAACUUCAUUUGAUUAAAAAACAUCCAGAACUGAUCGAGGAAACUGAGGUUGUAAACAAGUUGGGUUUUCUGGUAUUUGUUGCUGACUCAGUCCAUAUGAAAAGUUUUCUUGAUGAAAUUGUUUGUGACCAAUUUGCUCAUAUAAUGCCCAAAGCAAUGGUUUAUAUUUACGAAGAAUUGUGUAUAAAGAUGCCACUUGAUCUGGAAGAUCGAACAGCUGAUACAGGUGCAGGUAGAAUACUUGAAGCUCGUGAAGUGGGGAGGAGAAGUAGUCGAAAAAUGGGUCCAGGAAGUGCAGCAAUGCUCGCAUUAGAGAGGAAAGCUGCUACAAAGAAAGCCGAAAAAGGAAGGAAACAUAAAAAAUGUAAAAGUGAUGAUUCAUCACCUGAAUCCGGAUCUGGAAAGCAGAAAAUGGGACUUCGUGCACGUGCGAAACAAGCAGAACGGAUCUCAAAACGAAUCGCUGCUCGCGAAAAAGGCAAAAGGGCUGGUUCGCGUUCACAUCAUUAAUUCUUUCUUUAUUUUUUGAUAUUUAACGUUGAAGAAAUAAUUCAGGUCAAAGUGCAGCUCAGGUAAGUGGC